GUUUCCAAUAUCGACUUGACGUCAUUCGGUUUUCGUUUUGUUCAGUCUGUUGUGUGAUUGCAAAUGAUUGUCUUGACGUUCCCUUGAAGAUAAUUUAUCAAAUUUAAAGAGUAACCACUCAAAUUGAAUAAAUGUAUGAAUGUAAUUUUUCAAAGCUUUACACUAAUUAUUAAAAGCAACUUAAAUCGCAACAAAUGAGCUGAACAUAUUGCAAUUUCAAUUUGAAGUAGCAAUUUCAUCACAAUGCUUGUUCAAGAAGAAGCAAAAAUCAAACAGCUUCUGACUAAAUAUCAAAAUCCUGAUGUCACAUUUCGAGAUAUAAUAGCUGCUUUAAAGGAAUACCAUGGACUAGCAUGCAAGCAGGAAACUUACGUGUUCAGUGAUGGUAGGAGGCUGGACCUCUUAAAUUUGUCUGGAACAAUACCAGUUUUAUUCAAGGGUGUAAUCUACAAUUUCCCGGUUUGUAUUUGGUUGAUGGACACUCAUCCGAAUAACGCCCCGGUCUGCUUCGUGAAGCCAACUCCUGAUAUGAGUAUAAAAAUGUCUUGCUACGUUGACCAAAAUGGGAAAAUAUACUUGCCUUAUCUACAUGACUGGUCCCCUGCUUCUUCCGAUCUACUAGGACUGAUACAAGUGAUGAUCUGUAUAUUUGGAGAGCAUCCUCCAGUUUAUUCCAAACCCAAAUAUGAAACUGCUGUGCCUUACCCCACUCAACCAUUCAUGCCGAUGCCAGGUACAAGUGGAGGUGGCACACCCUACCCGCCAUACCCGCCCCGACCCGGCUACCCGCCGCAAAUGGGCUACCCGCCGGCCAGCACAGCCUACCCGCCGGCCGGGGGCGGACCACCCUACCCGACCGGGGGCGGUGGCCAGGCCUACCAACCGCCCCCGACGCAGCAGCCGCAGCAGCACAGGUAUCCGCCCUACCCCACGCAGCCACAGCCGCAGACGGCGAAUGCAUCGGCAGCAGCGGGCACGGGAACGAUCACAGAAGAGCACAUCCGCGCGUCGCUGCUGUCCGCCGUUGAGGACAAACUGCGCAGGCGCCUCGACGAGCACUUCUCGCAGAUCAAGGCCGAGCUGGACAUCCUGCAGCAGACGGCCAAUGAGCUGGUCCAAGGCAAGGGCAAACUGGAGAAGCUCAUCGAGCGACAGGAGAAGGAGAAGAACGAAUUGGAAAGGAAUAUCACAGUUUUGAAAGAGAAAGAGAAAGAUUUGGAAAAGGCUAUAAGCCGAUUAUCAGACAAAGAAGACAUCGAUGUGGAUGAGGCAGUUACAACCACCGCCCCUCUCUAUAAACAAAUUUUGAACGCCUACGCUGAAGAGGCAGCUACUGAAGAUACCAUCUACUACAUGAGCGAAGCCCUGCGUCGCGGCGUCAUCGACUUGGAUGUAUUUUUGAAACAAGUUCGUUCUCUCUCGCGGAAACAGUUCAUGCUCAGGGCACUAAUGCAAAAAUGCAGACAAAAGGCUGGUUUAGCUGGGUAAAACCAACUGUGAAAUUAUGUCAAAACACACACUGUCAACAUUUAAAUCCAGACUUGUGCUUUCCAGAUCACGAUAAAACACAUUUACGAACAAAAUCUAUACAUAAUAUAUUAUAUAUUGGCUGUCAUUACGAACCAAGGUAGGAAAAGCAUCAAUAAUCAAUCACCUUGGAACAAACGGCAACUGUUUCUAGUUUAUUUACGUGUAAUCAAUUUUAGCAAGUUAUCAUUCCCCUCGUAUCCUGAUUGUUUUAAUCUAUAGAUAAUCUCUUUUAUUGUUAUAUAUCAUUGCAUUGUCCUAUAUAUUUAUUUUACAAAUGAAACAUUUGUAUAGAUAUUGUUAUCUACAAGAAAUUAACUUUCAUAAUAAAAGUAUGAGCCAUACAUUUUA